CCCUCCCCUUCGAUCCACCCCCAAAAUGGCACGUAAAUCAACAGGAAGAGCGCCUCGCGACACCUCAAAGACCGACGUGUCGAAUACCCGACUUUCCUCCGUCCUCGUUACGGCGUUUUCGGUGACACACCCGCUUUUCGCCUCGGCCGUGCUUGCAUUGGAUGCUCACCAUGUCAGGAUUGUCGAUACCAAUUCGUCUGUGUUGAGGAAUGAGUACGUUCUGCCUAAAUCCGUGACUUGUAAGUGUUUGGCAUGGGGUCUCGACCGUUCCGAUUCUACAAAGUCUACGAAGAAGAGAAAAACGUCCCUUGCGGCUGAGGGUGGAGAGAAGGCCUGGCUCGCCAUUGGACAAAGUAACGGCGAGGUUGUGUUAUACUCCCCAUCGAACGCGAGCGUGCAAAAGACGUUGAGCGGAGCGCAUGUGGGUGAUGUCACUGGAUUUGCGUUCGCGGAGGAUGGAAGACGGGGAUGGUCGGUUGGUGCGGACGGAAAGGUUGUGGAGUGGGAUUUGGAGAGCGGAAAGAGUGUCAACACUAUUACCCCCGACGCUUCGUCUACCGCACUCAACACAGUCGCUCCCGCCGCCGCUGGAUCGAUCCUCGCCGCUUCCCAUAAUAUCCACCUCAUCGCCGAUAACGCUACCGCACACACCUUCUCCGCCCACACCACCCCAGUACACACCCUCAUCUGGUCAGCAAACUCCACACACUUCGUCUCCGCCGCCGAGACUGACCGUUUCGUUAACCUCUUCGCUCCCACAUCUGACACCCCUACCCAAACCAAGGCAUCCAUGGUUGCUGAGGCUGAUGUGCGCAAGGUUGCUGUCAGCGGUGAGGAUGUCCUCGCUGCGUUGACUACGGAUGGUGUCGUCGAGUUGUUUGCCGCGCCCUUCACGCCUGCUGCUCCCGCUGCCGGUAAACGACGAAAGUCCGCCGGAUUGACCAGAAACUCGAAUGUGAAGAUUAGGGUGGUACGUCCGGAUGACGCCAAGACCGCUGUCGAUAUCGUCGAUAUCGUGUUCAAGGGCGAGGAGAUCGUCGUGUCGUGGGUCGAGGGCACUCGCGUCGUUUUCGAGUCGGUUCCGUAUGGGUCUGCGUUGGCGUCUGGUGAGGGAAUCGAGUUGGUCAGAGCACAAGCAAAGGCUCAGGCGAAUGGUGUUAAGGAGAAUGGAGUUAGCUACGAUGAGGCGCAGGCUGUUGUUGUCGGUGGACACGAUCAGGGCGAUGUUGGUAUGGAUGAUGUCGAGGAUGAGGAGGAGAAUGCUAGCGAUGUCGAGGAUGGUGAGCCGACUUUGGCGGACCGGUUGCAGGCUCUGGAGGUUAGUCAGAGCACCAAGGCGGCACUCGCUGCGGCGAAGAAGGCUACGCGUAGAAGAAAGGAGGAUAACGUGGUGGUCGAUGGCUUGCCUUCCCUCACCGGUAACGUCAUCAUCAAGAAGAGCAGAUCAUCUAGGUCAGAUGCCGUCGUGCCUGCGGUCCCUGCGUCUUCGUUGACGACUGUCUUGUCCCAGGCGUUGAAGACGAAUGAUUCGCAGUUGUUGGAGAGUUGUUUGAACCACGAGGAUUCGCAUAUCGUGUCGGAGACUAUCAGGCGUCUCGACCCGGCGUUGGCGGUUACCUUGUUGGAAAAGAUUGCAGAGAGGAUGGGCCGUCGCCCGGCGCGUGCUGGUCAGCUCGGUGUGUGGGUUAGGUGGACCGUGGUCGCUCACGGCGGACAUCUCGCUUCUCUGCCAAACUUGGUACAGACUUUGUCCUCGCUUCACGGAACGCUGUCGGCACGUGCGGCUGCCUUGCCGAGGUUGUUGGCGUUGCAGGGAAGGUUGGAUGUCGUCUCUGCUCAGAUCGAGUUGAGAAACACUCCUGGACCUUUGCCGGGUAACAUGAAGGCUGCUGCGGGUGAUGAGAGUGAGGAGGAGAGUGAUGUCGAGUACGUUGAGGGAGAGGAGGAGGAUUUGAUGGAUGAGGAUGUUUCUCAUGUUGGAAUCGGUGAGAGCGAGGAUGAGGAGGAGGGCGAUGAGGACGUCAGCGGAGAGGAGUACGAGUCGGAUGAGGAGGGAGAUGACCUUAUUGACGAUGAGGCAGAGGAAGCAUCUGACGACGAGGAAGAUGAGGAAGACUUUAGCGAUGAGGAGGACGAAGAGUAGGCGAAAAUGGGAAGUUCGUACACGGGUUGAAGAAAAGGGAAACUUGGCAUAC